GCGGGCCGGGUUCCGGGCCGUCAUUGUGACCUGGCCGAGCGCGGGCCGAACGCGCGGCGCUGCCAUUGUUCGCCGGGUUCAUCUUCGCAGGAGGCCCGUCCGCGGGGCUUCGUUUGUUUUCGUUUCCCUUUCUUUUCCUGUGGAGCCUGUAAGAGCUCCCCCCGUCCCCCCGCCAUCUCCCCGGGAGCUCGCGGAGGGCGCUCCAGGCACACACUGUCCUCCAAAGGGGGAGGGAUGGACGCAAGUGAGACCCCAUAACCGCCUGGGCUGCACACGCAGGGCCCCGCUUCCCCGUCGUCAGGUUUCUCAGCCGCGCCCGGAACCUGGCGGAUCCCCCUCCAUCCCCGCGAGCAUCUGUUUAGAGGAAGCGGGCAGCGGGUCGCCAUGGCCUCGCCAUCGGCUCAGCAGCUGGAGGAGGACGACGGCCUGAGGGGCUGCGAGCUCUACGUGCAGAAGCACAGCGUCCAGCAGGUGCUCAAGGACUGCAUCGUGCAGCUCUGCAUCUCCAAGCCCGAGCGCCCCAUGAGGUUCCUCCGGGAGCACUUCGAGAAGCUGGAGAAGGAAGAAAACCGGCAGAUCCUGGCGCAGCAGAAGCCAGCCUCCCAGCCGGACUCGCACGACGAGGAAGUGUCCCCGUCGCCGCCCAACCCGGUGGUGCAAGCCCGGCACCGGCGUGGGGGAGUGAGCGCCGAGGUGUACACAGAGGAGGAUGCCGUGUCCUACGUGCGGAAGGUCAUCCCCAAGGACUACAAGACCAUGACGGCACUGGCCAAAGCCAUCUCCAAGAACGUGCUCUUCGCUCACCUGGACGACAACGAGAGAAGCGACAUAUUCGAUGCCAUGUUCCCCGUCAUGCACAUCGCUGGGGAGACCGUCAUACAGCAAGGGGAUGAAGGGGAUAACUUCUACGUAAUCGACCAAGGGGAAGUGGACGUGUAUGUGAACGGAGAGUGGGUGACCAGCAUCAGCGAAGGCGGCAGCUUCGGGGAGCUGGCCCUCAUCUACGGCACCCCCAGGGCAGCGACUGUGAAGGCCAAGACGGACCUCAAGCUCUGGGGCAUCGACCGGGACAGCUACCGGCGCAUCCUCAUGGGCAGUACGCUGAGGAAACGCAGGAUGUACGAGGAGUUUCUCAGCAAGGUCUCCAUCCUGGAGUCCCUGGAGAAGUGGGAACGUCUGACUGUGGCUGACGCCCUGGAGCCCGUCCAGUUUGAGGACGGAGAGAAGAUCGUGGUCCAGGGGGAGCCUGGGGACGACUUCUUCAUCAUCACGGAGCACAUCGUCCGCCCCGUGUUCUCGUGACACCCACGAAGCUGACGGCCGGACAGGAAAAGACGUUUCCGCUGCGGAUACGCCGGGAAGGGCCCCAGGCCCCGGGACCCGCUGUGAGGGCUGAUUUCAUGGGUCGACUUGGCCAGGCCUCAGGACCCAGAUGUUCGGUCCAACGCGGGUCUCCAGGUGUUUCUGUGAAGGUGCUUCUCAAAUGCGGUUGACACCGAUGUCAGUUGACCUUGGGUGGAGCCCCUGACCUCUGUGGUGAGCGUGGGCCUCGUCCAGUCAGUUGAAGGCCUCCUUAAGAGGAAGAGGACCGAGGUCCCCCAGGAAGAGGGAUUCCCCGCAGCCGGCCUUGGCCUCUGGACUGGGUCCCGGCACCCACUCUUCCCUGCCGGCCUGCCUGCAGAGUUUGCGCGCCAGCCCCACGGUCGUGCGAGCAGAUUCCCUAUCGUAAAUCUUUCUCCAAGCGCACAGGCCAUUGGUCUUCUUUCUCCGGAGAGCCCUGACCAGUACCACUGCCUUCCGACUCUUCCGGAACAGUCAGGCCUCUGCUCAGGUGGGUGUAGGGGCCCGGCUGCUCCGAGGCCCCAGAGCUGCAGCGGGCGGGGCCCGGGGCUCCUGCCUUGCGUGCUGGCUCUGCGAGCGGGGCGGGGCUGCGGGAGCCUGGCUGGCGUCUUCCCGUGGCUGGCAGGCCUGGUGCUGCCCUUUCUCUUUGUGGAAGCAACACCUGCGGGGGCCAUGCUGGCCUUGGGGCCAGGCCCCCGGCUCCCUGCGUGUGGACUGGCCGAGUCCCGCUCCUCCCCUGUGGACCGCAGGCCGUGCCAAGGCCUCAUCUAGGGGAGCAGGAGCGCGGGCUCCCCCGGGCCCCCGCCCUUGGCUGGGCCUCAGUCCACCCCUCUGCUCUCCUGGGUGGAUGCGGGUGAGCACAGCCUGGGGCCGGUGACAGGCUGCUCUGGGAGCUGUUUCCCCAGGUGUGGAGGCUGGCAGAGACCCGCACCUGCACAGACGUGAGAAGCGGCUCCUGCAGGCGCCUGAUGAGUCCUUAACAGCACGUGCUGGCCUCUGGGAGCCAGGCGGGGCUGGCAGAGCGGGGCUCGCGUGACCCCAGGGUCUCCGUGCCAAGCCACCUGGCAGGGGGCUCCUUGGCUCUGAGCUCUGUGUGCUCACACCAGCUGUCUCUGAAGCUGUGGGCGCUGCCAGCCCCUCGGACACCUGGCCCCCAAAGCUCCUGGAGCAUGUUCUCAGCCGACCAGGGCAGGCCUGCGGUUGUCAACCUGGGGCCUCACAGACGUGAGAGCAGAAAGCACCAGUGGGUCUUCCCAGGGGCCCAAGCAUCCCUGGCCCCUCAGGACGCGACCUGCCACAGCCCGGGGGGUUGUAGGUGCCCUGGCUGUUCCCGGGACCUCUUUAAUUACCGAGGCCUGAAAUGCCCGGUAGCCCGAGGAGCUCUCGGCCGCCCGCGGUGGGACCUGCGGGCGUUCCCGGCUGCGUCUGGCAGGACAGACCCUGGUGGGCCUCCCCCAGGGAGAGAGGGCAUGUGGGGCUGGCAGGGAGGGGCCAGACGCGUCGAGCACGUGCCAAGUCCUGUGAGGCUUGCAGACUCAGCUUACUCCCUGGACCUCCUCUCCCUCCAGGAAGACCCUGGGGAGAGGACGUGGGCGGGGCCAGGCCUGGGUCUCAGGUCCCCUCUGCUGCAACCCUCCCCGUGGCCAGAUUCCACGCCUGGCAGAACCUCCGGGGCCUGGGGGCAGCUGGACAGGAGCGGGUUUCCUCCCCGCCGGCUCCCAGGCGGGCUGCACAGCUGGAGGCAUUGCCAUGGAAACGUGAGAUUGGAUGUGUCUCCUCUGUUUGGAAAGCACUUUUAUGAAUGUCCACGGUGUUGAAGCAACUUCUAGGCAGCCCCUUUCGGAGCUGCCGUUGGCCGGGGGCUUUGCUAGCUGAUCCCAGUGCCUGCUGCUCCCCCCUCGCGUCUGAAGCGUGUCCCGAGUUCGCCGUCGUCUCGGGAACUUCUAGGGAGACCGCUGCAGGCCGCAGUGCACGGAUCCAAGGUCACAGCCGUCUGUGACUCAGCCCGUCUGUGCCCCCACUGUGCGCCAGGCCGAGGCUCAG